CGACGCGAGGUCCACUAUCUCAAGGACAAAUUACCCUUCACGAUUAGCAAAUUAUGUGGUUGACGGACGCACAAAAAAUCGGCGUUGGCCUGACGUCCUUCGGGGCAUUCUUCCUCCUCUUAGGCGUCGUGCUCUUCUUCGACGGUGCUCUCCUUGCCCUCGGCAAUGUGCUCUUCAUCUGCGGCCUGACACUCAUUAUCGGCCCCAAAAAGACGUUCUACUUCUUCGCACGUCGGCAGAAGUUAAGGGGAACAAUAUGCUUCCUCGGCGGGAUCGUGCUCGUCUUCAUCAAAUGGCCAUUCGUGGGGAUGCUUGUGGAAACUCUGGGGUUCUUAAAUCUCUUUGGAGACUUCUUCCCCGUCAUAUUGACAUUCCUACGACAAUUGCCUUUUAUUGGCAAUUUCCUAUCAAUGCCCUUUGUGAGCCAUAUACUCGAUCGAUUAGUAGGAUCCAGACCCUCAAUGGUAUGAUUCACCAAUAUCACCGCUCUCCGAGCUACGACCACGUCCACGUGAUCCUGCGUGGUAGUAUACCAUGGAGACUAUCUCUGUGUGUGCGACCAUCUGGCCCGUGAUUACCACGGAUACUCCGGACAUGCUGGGUAGCGUCCGGUUGUACAUACCUGGUGUUUUACGUUAGAACUCGCGUCCGUCACGGAUCUCUUAUACAUGUCAUAAUAG